GGGGUGGAACCUCUUACGUGUGUGUGCAUGCAGUUGCUUUUUGGUUGUUAGAGCAAAGUGCACAUUUUCAGGAUCUUCCUCUGAAAAUUCAGCUGUGAAGAGAACGGCAUUAGAUAGUCUUCACUAAGGAGUCGUCUGAAUUCUCGCUGCCAGGAUGGGGAAACAGAACAGCAAGCUUCGCCCAGAGGUCAUGCAGGAUUUGCUGGAAAGCACAGACUUUACAGAGCACGAGAUCCAGGAAUGGUAUAAAGGCUUCUUGAGAGACUGCCCCAGUGGACAUUUGUCAAUGGAAGAGUUUAAGAAAAUUUACGGGAACUUUUUCCCUUACGGGGAUGCUUCCAAAUUUGCAGAGCACGUCUUCCGCACCUUCGAUGCCAAUGGAGAUGGGACGAUAGACUUUAGAGAAUUCAUCAUAGCCCUGAGCGUGACAUCGAGGGGGAAGCUGGAGCAGAAGCUGAAAUGGGCCUUCAGCAUGUAUGACCUGGAUGGAAAUGGCUACAUCAGCAAGGCAGAAAUGCUAGAGAUUGUGCAGGCGAUCUAUAAGAUGGUUUCCUCUGUAAUGAAAAUGCCUGAAGAUGAGUCAACCCCAGAGAAAAGGACAGAAAAGAUCUUCCGCCAGAUGGACACCAACAGAGAUGGAAAACUGUCCCUGGAGGAGUUCAUCCGAGGGGCCAAGAGCGACCCGUCCAUAGUGCGCCUCCUGCAGUGUGACCCCAGCAGCGCGGGCCAGUUCUGAGCCCCGCCCCCCACGGAUCGUAGAGCUGCUUGCGUCCCCUUUCCACCUUUCUUUUUAACAAUUUUUUUUUUUUUUUGCCGAUCAAUAUUGAUGGUGACGCUGUCCCCCACCCCCACCCCCGUGCGGUCAGACGCACCUUCCUCCGUGACGCCUUCGGCUUCCUUUGUCGGGGGGAUGCCCAGAGCCCCAACGCGCUUGUGGAGAGCAUGGACGCGCUGUCAUGCAGACUUUGUGGUGUUCCUUGUUCCUUGAUUUUCCAUCGUUCUUAUUGUUUUUCUUCUGAUUCCAAUGUCUGUUCUCAAACCGAAGACUCGGGGAGGCAAGAGAAGGGAAAGCAAGCCAGUCCGGGAUUCUGUGGCCAGCUUCCAGGGGCCUGUUUGAAAAACAAAACUCCCCAGCUGGGUCUGGAGCCACAGGGGCAGCCCUCGGGGUGAUGGCGCCUGGUGCCGGCUUCCCAAGGACAAGGGACCCUGUGGGGCCAGGCUGUGAAAGCGCCCUGGAGGCCUCCACUCCCCCUCUUCCCCAGCGUGCUGUAGUGUCUAAGCUGUGAACAUUUCAAGAUAAAUUCAUAGAGAAGAGGAAAAGAUGGCUCAGCUGUUUCUUCACACGUUUACACUAGUUGAGCUAAGCUGAGUUUCUUUGGAAAUUAAACACAAAUGGUAACUUAUAUAACAAAACCAGACCCAUCUUGUUGCCUAUUGUGAUUAAAAAAAAAAAGAGUGCUGUAUAUAAAAUAUUGGGUAUUGCAGACCAAAUUAAGUGUUUUGCCUUGUUUAAAUGAAAUGCAUGUUUAGUGAGCACUAAUACAAUCUUAUUACAGAAGACUGUUUUUAGUAGCUUAAUGUGAAGUAAGCCAACUAUAAUGAAUGUCUGUGUCUUGUUUUAAAGUCAUAUCUGUCUUUGCACAAAUGCACCAAUCAACAGGUAUAUUUUGUAUAUUCCAGAGAAGUACAAAGUCACCAUGACUAGGGCGCAACCUUAAUUUUGAAUGCAUUUCCAGAGUGGUAGUGCCUACAGAAUAGAAGUAGGACAGGUUUAAGUGGGACAUGUCCAUUGGAGCCCCAGAAGGUUCAUCUUUAUGAGAGAUGUGAGGUGAUGGUUAACCCACUCAGCCCAGCGGCUCGAUGGUAUUAGAUUGGAGGUACAAUGUUCUUCUGAGUAGAUUAAUAUUCUGUCGACCCGAAACACACACACACACACACACAUACACAUUCUUGAGACUUCCCUUUGGUUUAAUCCACAUUAUGGUUAGGGAGCUGUAUCUGCAAUGUUGACUAUUUCAUGCCCCUGGUGGCCCUUCAAAGAGUCUGAGAUUGGGCAAUGAGCUGACUCAUUGUGAAGAAGGCAUGGCCCAGGGCGUCUGUGCUUUCCAGGGCCCACUGUGGGGAAU